AUGGGUUUUGAUGGAAUAUGGGUUAAUCUGGUGAUGAGCUGUGUUGCUACUGUUUCGUACUCCUUCAUUAUUAACGAAAGAGUAUGUGGUUCUGUAACUCCCUCUAGAGGAUUGCGCCAGGGUGAUCCUCUAUCUCCGUUUUUGUUUAUCUUGGUUGCUGAUGCCUUUUCUCAGAUGAUCCAACAAAAGGAAUGUUUGACAAUAGUUGAUAUACUCAACAAAUAUGAAGCAGCAUCCAGGCAGAAAAUUAAUUACGAAAAGUCGGAAGUAUCCUUUAGUAGUGGUGUAAGCUGUGAGAAAAAAGAAGAAUUGAUUAAUCUUCUCCAAAUGAGGCAAGUUGACCGACACCAGAAGUAUCUUGGUAUUCCAUCUAUUGGCGGGAGAUCAAAGAAAGUGUUGUUCCGGGAACUCUUAGAUAGAAUGUGGAAGAAGUUGAGGGGUUGGAACGAAAAGUUGUUGUCACGAGCUGGGAAAGAAGUUCUUAUCAAGGCUGUUAUCCAAACAUUGCCUACAUAUUUGAUGGGUGUUUACAAGCUCCCUGUCGCUGUUAUACAAGAAAUUCACUCUACUAUGGCUCGAUUCUGGUGGGGAGGAAGUGGGGAUGAACGGAAAAUGCAUUGGCUAAGUUGGGAGAAAAUGUGCAAACCCAAGUGUAUGGGGGUAUGGGAUUUAAGGAUCUUGCGGUCUUUAAUGAUGCUCUGUUGGGUAAACAAGUUUGGAGGUUACUGCAUUAUAAAAAUUCUCUUUUGA